GAGUAUCAGUAUGCAUGCGAAACGUCGUCUAACCUUUCCAUCAGAGCUUCAAUUUUUCCAAACACUCCAUACAGUGAAAAAUCCAUAAACCUAAUCACCAAUUUUCCCGCCAAAAGCAAGACUCUGGUCUGGUGUUUGCCACUAACGAUCAUGAAUUCCGACGGUGCUGAACCCGUUGGCGGUUAUUCCACUCCCAAUCCUAGAGGAGGAAGAGGAUCACCACGUUCUGCCGGUCGCACUUCUUAUCGUACUUCUCAUAUUAUUGAUGCAGAAGAAGGGGAUUUCGCUCAUAGCUCCACGAGCUCGGCUAGUCGUGGCAGUAGUAGUAAUGGUGGUAGAACAUAUUCACACGGAAAAAGGGGAAAUGAGCGUCACUAUCCCCGGUUUUCACCUGCUACAGCUUCUAGGAAUUGUAAUCGUGGGUCUACUCCGAUUCAUCAUGAGUAUCGAGUAAAGAAGCCAUCGGGAGAUGGAUCUUCUCAUUUAGAAGAAGCAAUCCGCCAGGAUCAAAGUGCUUCAAAGUCCUCUGAUAGUCUGCCUGAGGGUUUUCAAAGUGAUUCUGCAUUGUCGCCUUUAAGUUCUCGUAUUGCUAGUACGCAAGGUGAUGUAGCGAAAAUUCAGGUAAAUGAAGCUGUAACUGAGGGUACAUUGCAGCCUGGUGUCUCACUUGAAGUUCUUCCAAUAAACACUCAUUGCAUUUCAACUAUCAAUCAAAUAACUUGUGCAGAAGAAGGAGAUUUCUCUCAUAGCCCGGUUAGCCUUAGUAGUAGUAGUAGUAACGGCGGUAGGAUAAGAUCACAUGGAAAAAGGGAAAAUGGGCGCCACUCAACUCGGUUUUCACCUGCUACUGUACCUAGGCAUUCUAAUCAUCGGUCUACUCCACUUCAUUCUGAGUAUCGAGUAAAGAAACCAUCAGAAGGUGGGUCUUCUUAUUUAGAAGAAACAAUCCGCCAGGAUCAAAGUGCUUCAAAUGCCACUGUUAGUCAGCCUGGGCCAAAACAACAAGAGGGUUUUCAAAGUGAUUCAGCAUUGACGCCUGCAUAUUUAAGUUCCCAUACUGCUAGUAGACAAGUUGAUGUGACCACAAUUCAGGUAAAGGAAGCUGUCACUGAGGAUACAUUGCAUACUGGUGACUCACUUGAAGUUCAUGCUACCCUCCUGAAGAAUGUGUCUCAGCUGUCUAUGCAGUCUGAUGAUGUUAGCCAGACAUUGCAAGAACAAUUUGCUAAGAGUACUGGACACACUGUAGAUUCAGGGAAUCCAGAGAAUCUGACAUCAAAGCCUUUUGACAUUUGCCCACCCAAACAGGGAACUCUUAUCACACUAAAACCUUCAUUGCGUGAGAUAAAUAGAGGAAAGCGGAAUGAGAUAAAGCGGGCUUUAUCAGGACAAGGAGAAAUAUUAGGUCCAGGAAUGAUUCUUCUAAAAGCUUUCUUGUCUAUGGAUGAUCAGAUUAAAAUAGUUAACAUUUGCCGAAAGCUUGGGUUAGGUCCUGGUGGUUUUUACCAACCAGGUUACCGGGAGGGUGCAAAACUACUUCUGAAAAUGAUGUGCCUGGGUAAGAAUUGGGACCCCAACACAAGUAAGUACGGAGAACGUCGGCCAAUUGAUGGUGCUAAACCACCCAGUAUUCCUCCUGAUUUUCAUAAGUUGGUCGGGAAAGCAAUGAAAGAUGCUGUUGCUCUCAUGGUAGCAAACAAUGAGGAAGAAACUCUUCCACUGAUGUCACCAGACAUCUGUAUUACAAAUUUUUACUCAACUAAGGGGCGGCUUGGUCUUCAUCAGGAUAAAGAUGAAAGUGAAGGAAGCCUGAGAAAAGGAUUACCUGUGGUUUCUUUUUCAAUUGGAGAUUCAGGAGAAUUUCUGUAUGGUGAUAAUAUAGAUGAAAAUGCUGCUAAGAAGGUUUUGCUGGAGUCAGGAGAUGUUCUGAUAUUUGGCGGGAAGUCUAGACAUAUAUUUCAUGGUGUGUAUUCUGUUCAUGCCGACACUGCACCAAAGUAUCUGCUCGAUGAAACAAAUUUCCGUGGUGGUCGUCUAAAUCUGACUUUCAGACAGUAUUAAAAUCUUGGAUCUGCUUGAAGAUGUUACAAGUGACUAGAUAUAUCCUUUUCGGGUUUUGCCCUAUUUUUGUGGUGAAGCAUCAACUACUCAUAAACAGUGUCUAAUGAACUGCUUCUUUUGCUGGCUAGAACAGACAUGAUAGAACUUGAUGUAAGCUGUUGAAUGCUGUACUUAUUAGACGAAGGUUAUGAUUUAAAAUAUAAGCUCUUCAAUGUUAUGCCUA